GUAUCCACAAAAAUAAGCCAUAAAAAGUCAUUAAAUUGUCCAGGAAGACAAAAGAAGGAGUUUUUGACACGUUGUUAAUCCAGCAAAUACGAAUGACGUUUAUUUGCUACAGUUUUUAAGAGAACACUUUCAUAAGUAGCCUCGCAAAACUCUUUUGAUGAUCAAUGCAGCUAAAUUGAAUAUUAUGGGUUCGUUUGUUAAAAGAAUUCAAAUAUCCUCUUUUUUCGUUAAGUCUACGCGUUUAAUGUGCCUAUAAAGAAAUUUGAUGUCUUUUGGUAGUCGAAAAUAUCCACAAUGCCAAAGCAAUAUUUCUUUUAAAAAAUCUAACCAAAUUUGUCCAGAAAAGAGUGAAUAUUAAAUCCUUCUGCAUCAUGAAAUUUAGCUUAUUUGAUGUUAAUAAGAUAGAAUCGUAUAAUUUUGCAAGUACGUUAAUUAGAGCAAGCAAUAAUGGGUGGCCUAGCUGGCAGCUCUCCGAAACAAGAUCGAAACUGGGAUUAAGCGACAAGACGUCACGUGAUACUGACUAAUGGAUCGUUAACGGGCGGCUUUGUAACGCGCUAAGUAGGCUGUCUGUACUUCAAUACAAAUUAUAAGGCAAUCAAAUAGAUUACGAUUGCCGUAAUCAAUUCAAAAUCGCAGACAAGUAAUCUUGGAAAUUCCAACGCUAAUCAUUGCCGAGGAAACAAUAAAUUAGUGCAUCUCCUUUGUUGAGGUGAAUUUAUUUUUCCGCCAUCUGAGACCAUAUUGGCCGUGUUUGCUUGCCAUUGCAAAAAAACAGACCAGAAAGAAAGUCGAGUUCUGCUCAAUUUUAUUAGAGUAUUACUUUCUACAUUAAGAACUAGCCUUGACUGCUUUACAUAAAUGGUUUUCUGGGUUGGAGGGCGGAGGUUGUGGUCAUGAUUUGGGAGCAGAGGCAUGCAGUGGGGUAGCGAUAUGAAAAUAAAAGGGAGGAUGUCAUGCAGUUUUUCAAUACCUAAAAAUAUGAUAUGCUUCUAUUUGGCAUACGAUUCAGCCCCAUAGGCACCUUUACAUCACACCCAAUAGGGCCAUGCUACCUACAUUUGAAAAACAAAUAGCUCGGGUACCACAUAACCUAGAAAAUGGAGCUUUUUGAGUAGCGGGGCAAGACAAUGAACUUAACGAGUAUCUUUCUUUAGCUACUUACGCCUCUAUACUCAAUUUUCUGAUUUUCAAGGUAAUUUUGAGAUUAGUUGCACAACAACCUCUAAUGAUUUCCGUCACUGCUUUUACCAGUGAUGUCAACAUGUUUUAGAUGCUCUUGUUUCCCUAGAAUUUACUAAAGCAGGCCUAGCUCCUUUGAAAAGAAACUCUGUUUCAAAAAUGACGAGUUUUUAGCUAUCUGCGUGUUCUGCGUCGGCGAAUUUUACAUGUUUUUCGGCAAAUAAAGGAUGCAAAUGGGACCUAGACACUUUGGGCAUACUACUCCUCACAACAUAUCCCCAUCCGCAAUCACACUUUAUCGUAAUGAAAUAUCCGACAAAAUAAUGAAUUAAUUUCCUUUUAGGAUCUUUCAAGAUGUUCAUCAUAUCGUUAAAUCAUUAUCUUCUCGCCUCCUCCAGGUAUAUAUCAAGAAGCCUUUCUUGAUCCAGCAUACCACUGUUAUCCCGGCAAAUAACAUAUGUCCAAAACAGUACAAAAGAAAUAAAAACUAAUCGAAAAUUAAUGAAUGGUAAUUUGUCGUUUAUUGUUUUGUUUAGCGAACAACGUCUGUUUACAAGUGUUUGGCUUCCACGAGACCAAUUGAACACGCAGAUCGAAUUCAAGCGGACGUCAUUAUCACUUUGGGGUGCCUUUGAAUUCUUCAAUGAGCUUUUGAUUCGUUUUCCCAUUAUUUCUAGCAUUCCAGUAUUACCUCUGAGCCAAUGCUCGUUAACACCGAGAUAAGUAGAUUUCUCAGCCAUUUCAUAACAUACGUCGUUUUCACAUUUGGCAGUUAUUAGAUGCUAUCCAUUUACUCUUGAGAUUUCAAAAUUUAGCUGCAUCUGCCCCCCGCCUUCCCCCCCCCCCCUUAACAAAGUCAGGUAGUCACACUCUCAAGCCAGUGGAUAGCGAGAAAUACGAUGGGUGCCGCACUGUCUAAAGGCGCGGCCCUAAAGGUCUAUGUAGUCAGUAGUCCUAUUGUCCUGGCGAAGUCAAUGCCGAUGUACAGAGCAAUUAUACAAACAUGUAACAUAGCACGGUUUCCAUUUUGUGACAGUUUCUACAAUCAUGGCGUCCUGAUUUUCUAGAACGAGCAUCUUAGAUGCUGCCUUGAAAGCAAGGAAAACGGCUGAAUAAGACAAUGCUUAGGUAGAGAAGGGUGGAAUAAUAGGUGGCUUUGGGCGAGGGGCAAUUCACUCUUGCAUACAGCGUACGAGAUUUCGACAAGAACAUAAGGAUAUCCAGGAUUUUUCAGAUAAAACGAAAGGAUUUCCACCAAAGGUGUACGAGAUUUUCAUGGAGAGAUUUGCCUCUCGGCUUUGGGGGGCUCUUCAGGCCCAACCCCCUUUAAAAUGCCAAAAGUGGCUCAGUCAGACUUAGGCUCCUUGUUCUUUGCAAAGCGCCUCGCCUCUGUUAGAAGGAGAUAUCGAUAGGAAAGAUAAGAAUCUCCCUGUGGCAUUAUUUCGUAAAUGAAAGGCUUCAAAAUAUUUGCUAUACAAAACUUUGAAAAUGACGAAAUAUUUCCAACAUAAAUUGUUCUGUUUCCUCUGAGAUUUUUCCUGAGGUGAAUAUCAUUAUCGAAAGGGUUCUUAAUUGCACCUUGUUUCCCUUCGCUCUUAAAGAUGUGAUAUCCAUUAAUCAAUUUGUAAUUUGCCUUAUGUGUUUACAACAACUUAUGGUGACUGUCAUUAACGCCAAAGUUUAAUGGUUUGAAAAACGAUAUUCCCUUGAUGAGAUAAGAAUGAUUAAACAAUUGCUCUAUUAGCAAGGAGCUUGCUCAUAACAAAUGGCCAAUAUUACUUUGGUGUUAACGAGUCUCUCUCUAUGUCUUACGGAUAGAGGGCGUGCCGAAGGCAUUGAAAUGAGUGCAAUGGAGACCCAUUGAAAUACUCCAACAAACUGCGAACUAGUCAUUCUGACGUGCAAGCUGCGCAGUACAGGUGUUUCGAUUAGACUGAGUGGCGGAUCGUGUUUUAUACACUGCAAACAUGAGCGAUAUCAAGUGCAAGCCUUUAAAAUCAUUUCGCAUCUCAGACAUUCUUGGCAGGGAAGAAUUUAUAAAAAACACAGAAGAGAUAAGCAAAGAACGUCAGCCAAAAGCAUGGGCAGAAGACGUUAAAGAAGAGGUGGUCAAAAGAGACAGAUAUAUGGUACUGAAAAGCAGUGUUGAUCGAGAGAUGGAUCACGAACAAGUGGAAUGGAAGUACCCUGUGCAAUACAAUAUAACAUCUCAGAUGUACCCUAACUGGCUGCCAUGGAUAGCUGACAAACUAAAGUUUGAAAAGGAAACAGGAAAUCUCGAAGACUGGCAUCCAGAAAAAGCUCCGCUGGUUUCAUUCUCAAGCCCCCAAAAAGAAGCUAAGGACACGAUUCUGUCGACGAAAGAAUUCGAUCGCCAAAACCAUUGCUCCGAGAAACGAAAGAAGACGCGAACAGUAUUUUCCCGACGACAAGUGUAUCAGCUGGAAUCAGCUUUCGAACUGAAACGUUAUCUUUCGUCGUCCGAAAGGGCAUCUCUCGCAAGUUCAUUGAAACUGAGCGAAACACAAGUAAAAAUUUGGUUUCAAAAUCGCCGCAACAAAUGGAAGCGGCAACUGGCAACUGAACUGGAAUUCUCUAAUAUGUCGUACGCGGUAGCGCAAGCAAAUACGGGUUCGCUUCGACAGAAAAUCGUUCCCGUACCAAUACUAUAUCGACAGCCCUUCGCAAGGCGCGUUCCAUCAUCAUGGGCCACGGUUCCGCGAUUUAUUUCAUCGGAAACUGAAAACCAUUCACCGAUUUCAGAAAACGAGAUUCCUCGUUAUUUUGAUAAAUAUUCGACGCACAUUUCCAGCUUGAAAAGAAUUACACCUCCACUGUAAUGGGAUACUAUGUAUAUAUAAUGAAUUUCGCUGUAUAAAGCUAUUAAAUUUGAUUGUCAUUUUAUUUGUAGAUAACUAUGUAGAAUAGAAUCUGUCACCAGUACUUGAGUAUUACGCUUUGCUUCACAUUUUCUUUAUGGAACUCAUUUCAAAACCCAAUCUCCAGGAAGUGUAUGGUGAUUAACAGUAACAAAUGCCUGUUGACAAGCAUCAGAAUUGAAAUUAGAAAUCCAUUGACUUCUUUAUGUUUCGGAUACAGAUUCGUUCUGUUUUAUGCAAAGAAAUCUAGCUCACUAAAACGUCUACUUUGCCUACCUUUCUAGUUGUCAUUCCUGUCAAAGAAAUGCACGCCAAACAGAUCAGCCGUAAUAUUUACCAUGACAUAAACUAGGUUGAUGUAUUUGUGCGUGCCAAUUUAAAAAUUGGUUAUGUCAACAAAAGUUGAGCAUUGUAAGGACUUGGGAAUGAUUAUGAUAUAUUUGCAGGGUGGCCAGAGCACGUUUUGGAGUUGUUGGGGGUGGGAUGCUCUAGACGAGCUGACCAUACUUAAGGCUCAUACCACGCCUGCUUUCGUUUCAGGCACCCCGUCAGCUGAUAACUGUUAAAUGAUUAGCGAUUUUAAAUAUCAUGUUGAAUAGGAUCCUUGAACAAAUUUUUUUUGAAAGAAAACAAAUAGGCCCUUUUUAAAUGGCAUAUUUUGGACAAAUUGGCAUUUUUACUUGUUCGCUAGAAAAUGGGAGAGAAUAGGCCCACAGAGCUGCCGCAGUUUAAGCAAGAACAACCCAGAAAAACUUAAAGAAGUAGUGGACAAAAGGGCUGGAAUCAAGGAUAUCAAUUUCUUUAAGAGCUAGAGAGCUUGUAUUGCAGUAAUUAUGGUCAGAUUUAUCAUCUUAUCUAGUGAAGAAAUUAAAGAGGAAAUUUUCUCACCGUUAACUUGCAAACUUAAAUGCCUGGGAGAAA